AUGGGUGACAAAGUGAGAUGGCCAAAAGAAAUGAGAUCAAAUCCAAAUAGACGUAAUCCUGAUCACUGGUGCGAAUUUCACAACGAUCAUGGUCAUAAAACAGCAGAUUGUAGAUUGCUACAAGGAGAAGUCGAUCAUCUAUUAAAGAAAGGGUAUCUCAUCGAAUUAUUUAGUGAAAAAGGUAAGCAAGCAUACAUGAAAAUCAGGCAGGAGCCCCCUAAACCUCCUUCUCCCAAAAGGACCGUUAAUGUUAUAAGCGGGGGCGAAGAAAUCAACGGCGUGACAUAUACAGCGGCCAAUAAAGUUUCUAAAGUUACAAUUACCCACGGGAAGCGGGUCCGACAUGUUCUGGAGCAAGAAAGUAUAACAUUUGAUGAUGCAGAUGUGGAUGGCGUGUUAACUCCACAUAACGAUGCACUGAUGCAAGCUGAAGAUAAGCUAGUACCAAAGGCACAUACCUUGUCUAGAUUUGACAAUUCAAGCAUUGUGACAAAAGGGGAGGUAGCAUUUACCACAUUCGUAGAACAGGUUGUCAAAGAUACGAAAUUUCAUGUGACAGAAAUGGAAAUGACUUACAAUAUGAUUCUCGGGAGACCAUGGAUCCAUGAGAUGGAUGCCGUUCCGUCUACCUUACAUCAGGUUAUUAAAUUUCCAUCACCAUGGGGAGUACGACAAAUCCGUGGGGAUUAA